CCCUCCUCAGACGGUACCUCAGUUAAGACAAUUCAUAGGAUAGGCUUCCUACUUCCGGCUUUUUGUGCCAAAAUUUUCAAAAUUAUUAAAACCAUUAUUUUUACUAACUUCUCAAAAAUGCAAGGAACUUACAUGGAAAGACGAAAAUGAACAACUAAGACAGAAAAUAAUAGAAAUUUUGACAAGUUCUCCAGUACUGACCAUCUUCGAUCCCAAACACCCUGUCGAGUUGCAUACAGAUGCAAGUAUGGUUGGUUAUGGUGCCAUUUUGAUGCACCGAAUAGAUAAAAAGCCGUAUGUAAUCGAAUAUUUUAGUAAAUGCACAACUCCAGUCGAGUCCAAAUACCAUUCUUACGAGUUAGAAACUCUCGCAGUGGUGAACGCCGUUAAACAUUUCAGGCAUUAUUUGCAGGGUCUCGAAUUUGUGAUUUUUACGGAUUGCGAUUCAUUAAGGGCAAGUCGUUCCAAGACCACAUUGACGCCGAGGGUACACCGGUGGUGGGGGUACUUGCAGGCUUUUCAGUUUCGCAUUGAAUAUAGGAAAGGGGAGAGAAUGGCUCAUGCUGAUUUUCUAUCUCGGAAUCCUCUACCCGUCCAAAAAGACUCCCAAUUAGAAAAGGUAGUCGAGAAGCGCAUAAAUUUAACCGAGGUCUCCGACAACUGGCUACUCGCCGAACAACAGCGCGAUCCAGAAGUUUCUGAAAUAAUCGAAAAGCUACGUAACGACGAAUAAGAGGAAUAUCGGAACGCCAAUUACGAUAAAAAGAGAUUUGAUAAAAACAAAGCAAAGAUUGUAAAGCACCAGGUUGGUGACUAUGUGUUGAUUAAAAAUGAAGAGAGAAAUCAAACGAAGCUAGAUCCUAAAUUUAAGGGGCCAUUUGAAAUUAUUGAAGUUUUGGAGGGAGACAGAUAUAAACUAAAAUCGAUAACUAGUAAACGGCAGUAUAAAUAUGCACACGAACAUUUACGGUCUCUACCUGAUACGCAAAUACUUGCAGAAAUAGAUGAAGAAUUUGAUCAUUCGAUUGAUGAAAAUAAUUAGCUCCGAAUGUCAUAUGUGUAUACGGCUGCACCACGAUUCUGUGUGAAUGUGUGGCGGGAGCAUAUGUACGUGUAUACGGCUGCACCAUGAUCCUAUGGGGAUGCUUGGCGGGAGCGUAUGUGUAAAUCCUACGAGGAUGCUUGGCAAGAACAAUUGUGUGAGACUGCACCACGAUUCUGGGUGAAUGCGUGGCGGGAGCAUAUGUGUAUACGACUGCACCAUGAUCCUGUGUGGAUACGUGGCGGGAGUCAGGAGGACGAGUUGGUGUCCAAUUGGAAAUAAAGAGAAAUUGUGAAAAUGAAUAUUGUUGAGAUAUAACAAGAAACGCUGUUAUUGGUUGUAUAUUUAUGAAAUAAUUGAAUGAUUUAGAUUAGAAGCUAAUGUCAAUAAAUAAUUGAAAGGAAUACUGCUUGUUGUAAAGCUUAAUGGGUCAUGACCACGCAUACACGAGGACGUGUGCAGGUCAAGAAGGCCGUGUCGCAGUUCUCAGAAAUAUUUGAAUUCGAUGAACGCUAAAGUUAUUUGGCGCUCAGAUUCGGUUGUCGCUUAGCAUAAGCCGCUGGUUCCUGGUAAAACAUGGAUUCUAGGAAUUCCUGCUCUACUCGUAGCGCGACGGCAUUGCCAGAUCUCUUUUAGAGUGGCGUAGUCGUCGAGUGAGGCCCGGUCGCCCAAGAGAGAGAGAGAGAGAACCGGAGAGCAAGAAGUUGCAAGAAGAUGAGCUCUGGUAUUUGAAGGGUAGUCAGUUUGAAUUGGGCUCUUGGCGCGAUCGGGACUUACUGCGCAAUCGAAAUGGCAGACCAUGAAAAUACUCCUUCUCCGUUAUCAGAAGUGGGAUCGGCCUUGCCACAGGACAAUGAAAGUGUUAUAGCUGCAUUAGAAGCUCAAAAUCGUGCCUUGUUGGAACUUGUGAAAUCAAUGAACGCACCGCGAGUGCCAUUAACGGAAGUUAAACCGAAUUCCAUAUCAUUGCCGAAAUUCGACCCUGAUAGUGCGGGCGCGGAUGCAAGUGCGUGGUGUAAUACAGUUGCAUUAAUAUUUGCUGAAAACAAUCGACAAGGCAGUGCUCUUGUCAUGGCACUCAGCAAAGCUAUGCAAGGAAGUGCUUCCCUGUGGUUGGCGCAAAUUCGUUUCAGCGGCAUGACAUGGCCGCAAUUCCAGGAAUUGUUUGUGCAACGAUUCGUUGGUAUCGAGACCCCGGCAGCGACGUUGAUGAACAUCUUUAAUGGGCGUCCAAAACCAGGAGAGAAUUUACACGAAUACGGAAGCCGCCUGGUGACGUCGCUUAUGUCAAAAUUCAAAUCAAUUGAAUUGGAAGAGCUCAUCGUAUCCAUCGUUUUGACGCAUCUUUCAAACUUGGAUGCUGGCCUUUUAAAGUCAAUGUUUACGGGCGCUGUUAAAACCCGCAACGAUCUGCAGCAACAAUUAAAGGCGUAUGCGUAUUUAAAACGCAACGAAUCCUUUGGAAACGAAGUCGAAAGGAAGAAAAUGAAACUACCAUCUCUAGUGAAGUGUCAUCACUGUGGGCGUCUUGGCCAUAAGAUUGCGGAUUGUCAAAAAAGGCGAACGGACUAGAGACACCGGACCACCUCAACUCCAGGACAACAACAACGCGCAGUCAACAACAGGACCUGCUUCAAAUGUAGGGAGUUCGGGCACUAUGCUUCGGAAUGCCCACGUAAUCGACAUAAUCUCAAGGAAGUCGAGAUUAACAAAAGAGUAAACUUGGUGGCCAUAGAACCAAAGGGAGUUUUGAAACAAUUUGGAAAGUGUAGCAGCGAAGUUAAGCGUCAGACUAGCACAGUGGUUUUAAGGGGCAUCGGAAACGAACCGGUGUGGAGCACAGUACAGAUAAUUUGUAAUAU